UUCAAGAGCCUCCUUCCCCUCAGCCCCAGCAGCUGUUUCUCUUCCUCCUCCCGAGGAAGCAGAACCACUCUCCCCGCUGCCUCCCACCCCUCCCCCUGAACAGACCACACUCCCCAAGUGUGAGUGCCUGUGCAGAUGGCAGGUGGGGCUGGAGAGGCAGCAAGGGUGACCAAGAGAAGAUCCUGUUAGAAAUGUGCUUUUCUGUCCCCUGGCUACCCUGCCACCUUCCUGUGUUUUAGUUACUUCUUUUUUUAAAAUUUAUUUUGUGUGUAUGCAUAUUUUGCCUGCACACAUAUCUGUGCACCACUGUGUCCUUGAUACUCCAGAGAAGCUGCUGGAUUCCCCGGAACUGAAAGCUGUGAGCCGCCAUGUGGGUGCUGGGAAUUGAACCCGGGUCCUCUGGAAGAGCAGCCAGUGCUCUUAACCACCAAGCUAUCUCUCCAGCUCUUAGCUAGCUGUCUAGAAGCAACUUAAGGAGGGGAGAUUCUGUCGAGGUGGGGAAAGGCAGGAGCACACGGUCACAUCAUUAGUUAAGGAGGGGAGAUUCUGUCAAGGUGGGGCAAGGCGGGAGCACACGGUCACAUCAUUAGUAGAUGAAUGCCGGCACUCCCCUAACUUUCCCCUUUGUACUCAGCCGGGAAUUCCAGCCAAUAGGGUGGUGCUAUUCACACUCAGGGUGGCUCUGUCCUCUUUUUGUAAACCUUUCUGGACAUGCCCAGAGGUGUGUUUCCAUGUUGAUUCCAAACUGAGUCAAGUUGACAAUCAAGAUUAACCAUCAGGGAGGUGGGAAAUGGCUCAGCAUGCGAGGGCAUGGCGACUGCCACCAAGCCCGAGAGACUGGGUGAAGAAUCCUGGAACUCACGAGGUAGGAGGAGAGAACUGACUCCUGCAAGCUGUUCUCAGACUUCCACCGGUGUGCGCCAUGGUGCACCUCCUGGGAACACAUAUACACGAAUGAAUUCAUUAUUGAAUUAAGUUUUAAAAGAAUCAGCCAUCACAUGCUGUGAAUGAGACCCUGGGCAUUGCAGUUUGCAGAAUCAGCCGCACCCGUGGGUGUCUCUCUGAGUCACCUGGCAUGCCUGCUGGGACAAGCCCAAGAAUGCUGGGAGCCAGGGGAUGUCACAGCCAGGCGGGAACGGUCACUCCAUCAUGACGGAUGCCAGACAUGAAGAGGGGACUCUGAAACCCUCAUCAGCCUUCACUGCUCGGCUGAUGGAGGGGACAGCGUCCAGCUUCCCACCUGGGCCCUCUCUCUCCUCAGCUCCACAGGCCACCCUUCUCCACUGCUGCCUGCCACAGACCUUUGUUCACGUGUCCCUGCUCUCUUCAGUGCUUCUCUCUGCGACAUUUUCCUUAUCCUUCGGAAAUCAACUGAGUCAUCAGGCCCCCAGCAAGGACCUGUGCUCUCGAACCUGCUUUUCCUCACUCGCCUGCCCCCCAGGCUCCCACUCCUGCCUCUCAGCACUGCUCAGAGUUGCAUUUUGACAUUUCCAAGGCUGGUUCUUGGUGUUUGUUUGUCUUUCCCAUCCCUCUUCCUCUCUCUGGCUUUACGCAGCGCCUGGAACACAGUAAGAGCUGGAACCCUGCACCUUCCCUUCCUCUGGCCCUGCCUCCCGCAGGCCGGAGCUCAAUAGAACUUUGCCAUUCGCUCCGGAGGGAACACAGUGGACGAUGAGGAGAAAAGAAUGAAUGUCAAAGGAAAAGUAGUCCUGAUGAUGCUGGUGGUCUCAACUGUGGUUGUCGUGUUUUGGGAAUAUGUCAACAGCCCUGACGGCUCCUUCUUGUGGAUAUGUCACACAAAAAUUCCAGAGGUUGGUGACAGCAGCAGGCAGAAGGACUGGUGGUUCCCAAGAUGGUUUAGCAACAGGUCCCACAGUUACCGAGAAGAGGACGUAGGAAGAGGCAGAGAAAAGAAACAAAAUGGAGACAGCAUUGAGGAGCUUCGGCUAGGGGACUGGUUUAAUCCAAAGAACCGCCCGGAGGUUUUGUCAGUGACUCCGUGGAAGGCGCCCAUCGUGUGGGAAGGCACUUACGACAGAGCGGUGCUGGAAAAGUAUUACGCCAGACGGAGAAUCACCGUGGGGCUGACGGUUUUUGCUGUGGGAAAGUACAUUGAGCAUUACUUGGAAGAUUUUCUGGAGUCUGCUAACAGGCACUUCAUGGUUGGCCACAGGGUCAUAUUUUAUGUCAUGAUAGACGAUACCUCCAGAAUGCCUUUUAUACACCUGAGUCCUCUGCAUUCCUUACAAGUGUUUGAGAUCAAAUCUGAGAAGAGGUGGCAAGACAUCAGCAUGAUGCGCAUGAAGACCAUCGGGGAGCACAUCCUGGCCCACAUACAGCACGAAGUCGACUUCCUCUUCUGCAUGGACGUGGAUCAGGUCUUUCAAGACAACUUUGGUGUGGAGACUCUGGGUCAGUUGGUAGCUCAGCUCCAGGCCUGGUGGUACAAGGCCGAUCAUGACGAGUUUACCUAUGAGAGGCGGGAGCUGUCGGCAGCGUACAUCCCAUUUGGACAGGGGGAUUUUUAUUACCAUGCAGCCAUUUUUGGAGGAACACCCACUCGCAUUCUCAACCUCACCCGGGAGUGCUUUGAGGGAAUCCUCCAGGACAAGGAAAACAACAUAGAAGCCAAGUGGCAUGAUGAAAGCCACCUUAACAAAUACUUCCUUUUCAACAAACCCACUAAAGUCUUAUCCCCAGAGUACUGUUGGGACUAUCAGAUAGGCUUGCCUUCAGAAAUUAAAAAUGUCAAGAUAGCUUGGCAGACAAAGGAGUAUAAUUUGGUUAGAAGUAAUGUCUGACUUCAAAUUGUGCUGGUAGAUUUCUAAAUUUGACAGAAUUAUUCUGGCUAAUUCCUCAAAAAAGUAGUAACAGUUAAUUUUUAACUUGAAAAUCAAAACCAAAACCCACCAACAUGGCAAACACAUACUAUUUCUCCUUAUAACUUUGAGCCUUGUAAUAUGUGAAAAAGAGUCUAUGGUAAGUAAUCAGAUGUAAAUUCUCAGUGAUUUCUUAUAUAUUCUGGGUUUGGGGGAAAUACUGUAUAGGCUGAAAUCAAAAUUGAUUUGCCAUAGGUAAAGAAAAAGCCAGAACAUUCUACCUAGUAUGCCAGAUAGCCUAUUGGAGAACAGGGUGCUAAGAGAAAUGUUUGGCAACAAAAUGGGCUAGAUCGGAGUGGGGGGGGGGUGCUGUCCCCUUGGUUCAUUGCCUUCCUGGUUGUGGGGAUUCUAAAGCAACACAGAGAGACUUUGCAGAAGAGAACUGUAUAAGGACACCAACAUGGUCCUCAAAGGCUUUUUACAGCCGAUGGCAUCAAGACCCCAUUAAGCUAUUGUUUGGCUUAAUGGCUUAAUUGUAUGGCUGUGCAUAAGGAAGGUCGAGAGCGCUGAUAGGUGUCAUGGUGGCACAUGUCCAGAGUCCCAGUAAAUGUGGGGCUGACCACCUAGAGACUGUGCUGUGCUGGAGGGACAUGGCAUGGAGUUGGUGCUUGAAUUGAGGUGUAAAUACAGGCACCAUUCUUGACAAUGACUAAUAGCAGGAAUGGAAUAGAAGGUGAGUGGGUGGCGUUACGGAAGGAGAGGACCCGAUUUCUGCCAGAAGACACUCGGUCAUCAUCUGGUCCUACCACCUGCUCUGAACCUCAAGGUUCCUCAGCCCAUCAUGUUCCAGUCUGGAGGGCUGACAUGAAGAGAAAGCCCUCCAUCAUGUGACCUUGCUUCCCCCUGCUCUGUCUACACUAUGCAAGUGUGAUAGCCAGACAGAUGUACUGGACAACAUGGGUAACUGACUAUAGCAAUGGGAGACCCAGUCACCAUAACUGAGCUGCUAAACGUUCAGUUCCCUUCUCUGAGAGAAGCUUCACUUCUCUGUAAGUGGUUCUCAAACUAUGGGCCGCAACCCUUACAAUGGUCGCAUAUCAGAUAUUUAUAUUUUGAUUUAUAACAGCAAAAUUUAUAAUUAUGAAGUACCAAUGAAUAAUUUUAUGGUUGGGGCCACCACAACAUGAGAAACUUGUAGUCAAAAGUUUCUCUGGUCCCACCCGGUCCCACAGUCCUGCAGCUGCUUAUAAAAUAAUCACUCAGAGGCUUAAUAUUUUUUACAAACUGUAUGGCCUAUGGCAGGCCUCUUGCUGGCUAGAUCUUAUAUCUUAAAUUAACCAUUUCUAUUAAUCUGUGUUUUGCCACAUAUUCUGUGGCUUUACUGGUCUGCUGGCAUGUUGCUCCUUGGGCAGCAGGCUGGCGUCUCUCCCACUCCACCUUUCUCUUUCCUGUCUCUCUCCUUGGAUUUCCCGCCUGCCUCUAAGCUGCCUUACCAUAGGCCAAAGCAGCUUAUUUAUUAACCAAUGGGAACAACAUAUACCACAGCAUACAGAAAGGCAUCCCCCAGCAGGAACUGUAUUAGAGGGUGGCAGCAUUAGGAAGGUUGAGAACCACUGCUCUAUAUGGUAAUGUAAGCAAAUCGGUAUAAGGGGGUUGUUGGCUCAUGUUUCCAUGUAUGCACAUAUUCAUAUUUCCAUGUGUGCAUAUUUAUUUUGCUUGUCUUCCAGUUGUGCCGUCUGUUUCUGUUCUCAAGCAAUUUAUUUAAAAAGCCGUUGCACUCUCAACGUAUAGUGUGAAGAGCUUCAAUUAAAAAAACCAUCUUACAUUUUGUCCACAUUACACCACCUCUUACUCUUCAGGUGUUAAAAAAAAAAAGUCAUAUACCCAGCAGCAACAAAAAAAACCUCACAAAUUUCCUGAAAGAGUGGGCUUUGCAGAAGGAAGUGGAGACUGCACACUGGCUAAGAACCCCACCUCCCUGUCGUUCAGGUUGUGCUGGAUCCAGACUGAAGAGAGUUUGAUGUGUGAAGUCCUGAACCAAAGAAAUGAUCUGCUCUGAAAGUGUAGCAAAAGGCUGAAGAAAUUUUGAGGGAAUUUCAUGAUUUUUAAAUAUUCAUCUAAAUUUAAAUCCUUAAUGAGUAAAUUUAGAAUGUUAUUAAAGGUAAUGUUUUAAACAUUUUUAAAAUAAAAAUUCUGGUUUACAAUUGAAUAAAUUAUUUUCUCAGUA